AUGGCCUCUUCAUCACGCCGAUUGAAAAAAGAACUAACAGAUAUUCAGUCAUCUGAUUCGAGGACAUUCUGCUGUGUUGAAUUUGAUGAAAAUAAUUUGCUGCACUGGACUGGUCUCCUUGUUCCGGAUAAAGAGCCAUACAACAAGGGAGCAUUUAAAGUAGCUAUAGAUUUUCCAGUAGAAUAUCCGUUUAAACCGCCCAAAAUCACAUUUUUGACGAAGAUUUACCACCCAAAUGUUGACGAAAAGGGACAAGUAUGUCUUCCGAUCAUAUCACCUGACAACUGGAAACCUGCUACCAAAACCGAACAAGUGAUGAAUGCAUUGCUUGGUUUGAUUACCGAACCAGAACCUGACCAUCCAUUGCGAGCAGAUCUUGCCGAAGAAUUUACGAAAGAUAGGAAAAAAUUCAAUAAGACAGCAGAAGAUUAUACGAAAAAAUACGCAGUUAAACGACCGGAUGGCUGGUUUGAAACUAGGCACAAAAUUAUGGAUCGAGAGCAAUCGAUGACAGUAUUGGUAACCGGUGGAACAGGUCUUGUGGGACGCUCCAUUGAAAAGAUAAUAACAACUGAAGAAGCACGACCAAAUGAAACCUGGAUAUUCGUUGGACGAAAUGAUUGUGAUUUAACAGAUACUGAAGCUACAAGAAAGUUAUUCAUGAAGUGCAGACCUUCUCACGUGAUUCAUUUAGCGGCUAUGGUUGGCGGUCUUUUCCACAAUCUCCAUUGUAAUUUGCAAUUUUUUCGGAAAAAUAUGCAAAUUAAUGACAAUGUACUGAUGGCAUGUAAUGAAUUCGAUGUUGUAAAAUGUAUAUCAUGUCUAUCAACAUGUGUCUUUCCUGAUAAAACUACGUAUCCAAUCGAUGAAACUAUGGUUCAUAAUGGUCCUCCUCAUAGCAGUAAUUUUGGUUAUUCGUAUGCGAAAAGAAUGAUCGAUGUACUUAAUAGAGGAUAUGCGCAAGAAUUUGGUCGAAAAUAUACAUCUGUAAUACCAUGUAAUGUGUUUGGACCGCAUGACAAUUAUAAUUUGAAAGAUGGACAUGUCAUUCCGGCUUUAAUUCACAAAACCUAUAUUGCGAAGUAUGAAGGAACACCCUUAGAGGUAUUUGGCAGUGGAACACCAUUGCGCCAGUUUAUUUACUCUCUAGAUUUGGCUCGACUUUUCAUUUGGGUCGCAAGAUCAUACGAAGAAAUUGAUCCAAUUAUAUUAUCAGUGGGAGAAGAAGACGAAGUAUCAAUUAUGGAUGCUGUUCAUGCCGUUGUCAGAGCCUUCGAUUUUAAAGGUGAAAUAGUGCAUGACAAAACAAAAGCUGAUGGACAAUAUAAGAAGACUGCAUCAAAUGCCAAAUUACGCAAAUACUUGCCAAAUUUCAAAUUUACACCAUUCGAAAUAGCAAUUAAAGAAUCUGUUGAUUGGUUUAUCGCUAAUUAUGAUAAUGCACGCAAAUAA